GUGAAAGAUUUGUUUCGGUUAGAAGUGGUAGAUGCCAUGUGGGGCCGAUGCGGGAUGGGUCGGAUGAGACCGGAGAUUUAGGCGGGCUUCAAGGCUCCAUGUUCCAAGCUUUCGGCGCAGGGAGCCUGAUGGCCGAAGGCGACUCGGCCAACGAGCCAGUGUGGCAGACCUUCAGAGACUCGGAGCUAGACGAGAUCAUUCCCACCACAACGUGGCCGAGUGAUUGGGAGGCCAGCACCGUAGAGGAGCUUUUGGAUGAAGGUGAUAGCCUGCUCCAGGAGUUCCGCAGCGGCAACCCGAAGCUCGUCGAGCGGCUCUGCAACCGUGAGAGCGUGCGAAGCCUUGUAGAGCAUGCCACCCGCCUCGUAGAGUGCGAGUCGGAAGAGCGCAUGCGGCACCGCAGCCACACGGCCGCAGAGCUGCUGGCCUUCUGCGGCCCUGGCUCUGCGGAGGAUGACAGCUGGAAGCUCAAGGUGAUCCAUGUGUUUUUUGACACGGAUGCCCACGGCACCACCGACUUGAUGGACGUGCUGUGGGGGUUCUUGCUGGACGUUCCGCCUGACUCGGCCGAGCCUUUGAGCCCCAGCUGGAGCGUGCUUGCGGGUUACUUCUGCGGUGUCAUGGCGGCCGUGUGGCACAAGUGCCCUGGGAAGGUCAUGGACUAUCUUCGCACCCGCGGGCAGGAGCAUGUCUUCAACACUUUCCUGCGCUUCCUGGAUACCAGGUGCGUCGCCGAGCUUUUUAUGGCAUUGAUUUGCGUCCACCAUCCCGACGUGCGCCUCUUCCCGGUGGAUGGGCUCAUGCUGCGUUUGGUGCAGCGCUUCUCAAGCGGCGAGGGCGAGGCGGAUGAGAACCUUGCGCUGGUGCUCAAGACGCUGCUCGUUCAGGCCUGCAACAACAGGAUAUUCUUCGCGGAGGACGUUGUUCAGCAGACGUCGUCGCCGCAGGUGGUGCACACUUUGGUAGACAAGGUGCUAAGUAGGGGUCCGGCGCCAGCCGCGUCGGUUUUAUCGAUGGCCAUUGCCAUCUUCUUCCACUUGUCGCCGAACCCGUGGUUGCCCCCGAGGGGCCCCAAUCUUCUCCGGCCGCUGGAAGAGGAAGAGCACCUGGCGCAUGACGACGGUCGCCUGCCCCGCUUAGAUGAAGCCGGCUGCGAGUUGGUGCACGCGCUGCUUGAGCACUUGCCCAAAUUCUGCAACGUGCUCUUCGGCCCGCACGUCGACAAGGGCAACGGCGAGCCGGCCCCUCCCCGGCGCAGCUUGGAGGCCUCGCGGCUGCGCCAGGCCACCAUUGCGGUGCUGGAGGCCAAGGACGGGGACCUGCAGGGCGAGGCGAUUUGGGACCACCUGCUGGAGAUGUCCCCCGAUCCCAGGCUCUUGGAGGUGCUGCAGGCUUUCCGUGAGAAAAGCUGCGCGGAGAAGCCCAGCGAGGCCUGGAUCAAGGCGCAGCUCCUGUCCGAGCUUCGCCAUGCGCGUGCAAAGCUGGAUGAGAGAGCAACCUUUGACAAGCUCUUGACGCCGCCGGGCGAGACGCCCCUCUCCGGUCAGCUGGCAGCGGAGGCCACCUUCGUGCUUGUGGAGCUGGUGCGGGUGUCGAACACCAACGUUUUGAAGAUUUUCCUGGAGCAGGAGGUCCUUCCAAGGGCGCUGCACCAUCUCUUUGUCAGACCGUGGGGCGCCACGAUGCUGAACGCAGUGGGCGCGCUCGUCUUAGAGAUCAUCCGCAGCCCCCAGUCUGUCUGCAUCCAGGCAGUCCGCGACUUUCUGGCUGGCGGAGGUCUCCAUGCGAUCGCCUCGGCCCUGCGCCAUGCGGCGGAUUUUCGGGAGGCGGCCAGACACCAAACCCACCGGGACCAGAGUGCGCCCGAGCUCACCGGCCUGCUGCGAAGAAUCUGCGCGGAGCUGCGUGAGGCUGGUAGCAUGUGGCCCGAGGUCGAAGAGGGUCUGAACUCAUGGCCUUGCUGGGCGGAUGUGGUUCUCCCCGACUUGGAGGAGUUCAGCCAACUGGAGCAGGAGCCACUAGGUGGCUUCCCAAAGACCGACUCCGUGUACCCGGGCAUUUCUGCCAACAACUUUGAUGUAGAGUUCACGCCCGAGGAUCUUCGUGAUCUUGACGAGGACAUGGACGUGGAGCUUGGGUGUCCGUUCUUGCUGGACUUGGGCGAGCGGCAAAUGCACCGACAGGCUCAAAUCGCAGCUCGGAAAGAGGAGGAUGCGGACGGGUCCUCAGCCAAUCUGACGGAAGCGCAGGAAUUGGCGGCGCCUCCCAGCACCGCAGGCCCCCUACCCCCUGAUGCCCGUCCAGGUGAAUGGGUAUAGCCUGGGCUGGAGC